AAAUAGAAUGCAGAACAGCUGAUCAGUCAAUACAAUUCCUGUUCAGAGCAAGCUGAUAUUGAACUUGCUGACCAUUCAGAUUCUUUCUGUGGACAAAUAUUUUGUGCUGUGAUCAGUUUUUCAAUAGGAUUCACAGUGGGGAAUAUGCUCUAGAUAGCCUUUGUCUGUGACAUAUUGGAUAGCAGAUUUUUUGUACAGAACUUUAUCUGUGCACAACUAGAUUCAGCUUUGUCCUUUGAGGAACAUGGACUGAGCCAAAUACACUGAACAGAAUUAUAUCGAUUUGUGGUUUUAAAAUUAAAACUGAAAUGGAGGUGAUGAAUGGUGAUACUGUUCAGAAUUGGUUGUCCACAUCUGACUAUUCAAAAACAGAUGUGGACGAAAUUAUUACAGUAAUAAAACGGCGAAACUCGCAGCAGACCGGGUCUUCAAAUCAUGUCAGAUUUGAGCCAGCAGUGAUGGCGACUGAUACGACCCCAUCAAGACCUCGCCGUCCGAGCAAAACUGAGAUGAGAAAUGGCGACACACCGGAUCACAAAAGUCACAGACGAGAUGCUCAAGAGAGCCAUGAGACCGCAGUGGCUACUGGUAGCACAGGUGCUGCCCCUGGUGGCCAUCAUGCAAGUAACUCAGACAAUUCUGAUAACGAACUCGAAUUUUACUUUGACGGAAAUAAAGAUAAAUAUUCCCCUCAUCGCCCGAGUGGUGGUUUGUCUCUAAGGGAAAAUGUUUCUGAUCAGUUCGAUGGUGAAAAUGUUGUCUCUGAGUUCUCUCGCAUGAGGCUGCAUCGGCAGUUCACCGUGCAUACCUUAUGCCCUGUGUCAAGGGUGUUUGUCAACAGAAGUUUAUACUUGGACAAGAUCAACUUCUAUGGCUUUGACAUGGACUACACACUUGCCGUCUACAAAUCACCCGAGUACGAGUGCUUUGCCUUUGACCUUAUAGUGGAAAGGUUAAUCAGUAUUGGCUAUCCCGAGUCAAUCAAGGAAUUUGAAUAUGACCCCACUUUUCCUGUCAGGGGGCUGUGGUUUGACAACCUAUAUGGAAAUCUCCUGAAAGUUGACAACUUUGGAAACAUCCUUGUGUGCUCCCAUGGAUUCAAAUUCUUGAAAAUCCAAGAGAUCCGAGAACUGUACCCGAAUAAGUUCAUCAGUCUCGAUGAGAGUAGAAUAUAUGUCCUCAACACUCUGUUCAACCUUCCAGAAACCUAUCUCCUCGCAUGUCUGAUCGACUUCUUCACAAACAACUCUGCUGACUACUCCGUUUCCAUCAAUGGUGUGAAAUCUGGCGAACUUUACAUGUCGUACAAGUCCAUAUUCCAAGAUGUGAGGACAGCUGUUGACUGGGUACACAUCAAGGGUCCCCUAAAGCCGCUGACGGUUAAAGAUGUUGAAAAGUAUGUCCACAAGGAUGAUCGACUCCCAGUUUUGCUGGACAGAAUGAGGGCCACUGGUGCUAAAACCUUCCUGCUGACAAAUAGUGGCUUUACGUACACAGAUAAAAUCAUGGAAUUCUUGCUAGACUAUCCAGCAAAACCAGGUGAAGAGAAGCGAGACUGGGUUUCAUACUUUGACUACAUUGUAGUAGAUGGCAGGAAACCACUGUUCUUUGGAGAGGGAACCAUUCUGAGGCAGGUCAACAGAAAAACUGGUGCUCUUAAGAUUGGUACUCACUGUGGACCACUUCUAAAACAUACAGUUUACUCAGGAGGUUCAUGUGAUGUAUUCUCCGAGAUGAUCGGAGCGAAGGGCAAGGACGUAUUAUACAUCGGCGAUCACAUAUUUGGCGACAUUCUCAAGUCAAAGAAGAUCCGUGGUUGGAGGACAUUCCUGGUGAUUCCUGAGUUAAUGCAGGAAUUAUACGUCUGGACGGAGAAGAGGGACGUGUUUAGUAAGUUGGAGAAUCUUGACCAAGUGUUGGGAGAAUUGUACAAAAAUUUGGACAGUAGCACCACUGAGAAACCAGAUAUCAGUAAAGUUCAGUGUGCCAUCCGAGAAGUGACGCACGAGGUAGACCAGUUCUAUGGAAUGUUGGGCAGUUUAUUCAGAAGUGGUUCCCGACAAACAUUCUUUGCCUCCCAAGUCACGAGAUACGCUGACCUGUAUGCUGCUUCAUUCCUCAAUCUUCUCCACUAUCCAUUCAGUUAUAUGUUUAGGGCGCCACCUAUGCUUAUGCCCCAUGAGUCGACAGUGGAGCAUGAACGUUCCAUCAAUUUCAACGGCAUGUUAGAAACCGAAAGUCCUAUGGCCCCAAGAUCAAGAGUCUUCAGUGAAGUGGUUGACAAGAAUACUCCACAACUCUCACCGACACCUAAGCGGGUCAAGGUGACAGGGAACGAGAGCCUUGUGCCUAAUUUGCGGGCAUCUACUCCCAAGAAAUUGAUCCACCACCACGAUGAGGAUGAUUCAGAUGAUGAUAGCUCUGAUAAGUCGUCUGCUUCGUAAAUUUGAAUGGGUGACUAUACAGUGUGUCCCAAAAAAGGAACCGAGAUCUCCUUUCAGGGACAAAGUGUAUACUCGGUCCUUCAAUCUGAAAGUUUCUUGUGAUCAAUGUUUAACAGUGACCAAUAAGGUGACCAUACCAGUCUCCUAUAUGCAAUACAGGUUGUUCUAAUAAUUAAUUAGAUAAUUAAUUAGUGGUGUUAUAAGCCAUGUGUAGAUUCUCUCGCAUGUAAAUCAUCAUGUUGACUAUGUCGGUGGUGUUUCAAUCACCAGCAUUUCAAUUUUCAUGUUGUCUGUUUGGUAUUGGAUUACCAAUGAAUGUUUUAUGAAGGGUGAAAUAUAGAAUUAUUAUGAUUUGGCUAGUUUGAACGAGUGGAAGACUGAUAAUGAAAUGCAAUUAAUCCCAAUUCAAUUUUUAUUCAGUUCGUAUGUGUGAUUUCUGUUGAAUUUUGCAAGAGGGGGAUAUUUCUUGGCCAUUAGUGACUGCAUCAAUAGUCAGUCAAAGCUCAAGUAGUUGCAGAUGUCAGAAAUACUGGGUUGGUUAAAAGCAAGUUUCAACUUGCCAUCAACACUUGUUAUGGAAGGGAUAAUAUAGUUUCCAUUUUAGUGUAAAAGCUUGGCCAUAAAUACUUCAGUCUUCCUUGAUUCCAUUUUGUCAUAUUAUUUUAAUAUUCUCUUUUAUUCCACCCCAGUUGAUCCAGAUAGUGCCAUAGACACACUCCAUAACUUCAAAUGGUCUCAUACUCUUACAAAGAUUUUACCAGAAAUGCUUGAAUCUGUAUUACUAGGGUUGAAUCAGAAUGAAGUCAUGGAGCAUACAUACCUACCCUCGCACAUACAUUGCAACUUGUCUGUCCAUUGUUUUAACUGUAUAUUGAUUACAACCAGUUAUUUCUGUUAUUGGCAAUGAUUUCAAUGUUUAUUUUCUAUGUCAAAAUUGUGUAAUGAAUCUACUCAGGCAAAGUGUCAUUUUAAUGACUUUGCAUUUAUUUAACAGUAGUAUUACUAGUUAAUCACUGAAAUAUAUGUGUGUAUUCUUGUGUUACGGGUUAGUCUGCCUUGUGAUACAGUUCAUGUAUGUGGGAUCCAUGUUAAACGGCUGAUAAUAGGAGACAGAAAUAGUAUAAUCUUCUAAACCUUGGUCUUUGUAAAUUCUAUUCAGGGCCUAUUGGGUGUAUAAGAUGUAGCUUAGGUACAGUACAUGUAAUUACCAGUAGAUAAUCUUACAUGAGUAUAUCUUGUUUACGUCUUUGCAAACACCAUUAUGUAAAAACCUCUUUACUUGAGUAUGCCAGGUCCUUUUUGCUGUUAGUUCAUCUUGGUCUGUAUAUCAGACUUUGAUAGAGUUCUGCUUGAAAGAGAAAAUAGCACUGUAGCCAGAGACAACCCUGGUGAAUCAGUGUUGCAUUACUUGUGUUAGCGCCAAUCUCCACUGAGAUAAUGGUCUGACUGACAUUCCCGUAUUCUGUUAUCUGUCAUUUACUUCUAGAUUUGAAAGACUGGUCCAACCGAAUGCCUCUUAUUAUUCAGUUAAAUUCAGAGAAUGAUUCUAUCAUUCCGAGAAUUGUUAUGCUUUAAGUUGACUGUAUAAUUCCUGUUUGCUUAUGUUUUUGUAAUGUCUAAGGUAUAGUCAUGUCUGCAGGAUUUAUCAGCAGUGUUUGUCAUGAUAUGUCUAUGCAAAACUUUUGUCUGCGAUGCCUUGAAAUAGGCAUUGCUUUAGGUUUACAACUCAAAUUGGGAGAAAGUUAGUGCUUUAAAUCAUUUACUCAAAGGGGAUCGGGUGUGUUAUGUGUUGUGAUGUGAGGUCAAUACCAUUGGGAACUGGGAGUAUGAAGUGAAUAGAGUCAUUGUUUGCAGUCUGUUCAAAAUUUAAUUGGUAAUUUAUCUCCUGCAGGCUCAAAAUCUGUAAUUAUCAAUGUCUACUUAUUGGAACUGAAUCGAGAUUCCUGACUUAAGUUACUGGCAUUAACUGGCAUUUACAGGCACUGUGCUACUGAAACACUUUGUUGCAUUGUUUGUCUUGAAGCAUGAAGAACAACCUGUCAUCAUCUGAAAUGCAACAAAGGCACAGAUGAUGUGUAGUUUUCUUGUAUUGGUACAAGUCUUUUUUGUCGCACAGCCUUGGAUCUGUCUUAUUGCUGUGCACUGUGUAUGCCAGUCAUUGCUAUUAUUCUUAUCAAAAUCGCCCAAAGGCAAUCACUGCACUUAAUUCAAACAAAUUGCUUCAUUACUAUGCUCGUUAUAAUGUUGUACAUAUCAAAUAAUUUUAUUUGAUAUUUUAUGCUAUUUAAAAAGAAAUAAUCGGUUAUAGCCAUGUCAA